CACCGCGUAACUACCAUAAGCAUCAAUAUGGGCAUUUACUUCUUCUAUUGUUUUGGUCGAAGGGAAACAUUUCCUCUUCUUCUUCGCCUUGAACCGUGAUCUGUACGGAUCCAGGCUUCCCUGGAGCGACUGAGUCUCCCGUUUCCCGGCGAAGAGCUCCGACGGAGACGAUGAAGCAGCUUCACAAGCAAAUGAGCUCGAAGCGCGACGACGAGGCGCUUCCGACGAGCCAAUCCACUCCCUACUCUCCGAAGGCGCUAAAGCAUCCCAGAUCUCUUCCCAGAUCCAUCAACUACAUCUUCCGUGAGCAACGCCUUCUCUUCGUCCUUGUCGGGAUCCUGAUCGGAUCCACCUUCUUCAUCGUCCAACCUUCUCUCUCCCGUUUAGGCGCUACUGGCUCAAAUUCGCUCGUCACCAGAUCCAUCCACGACGCCGUCGUAGAUUCCUCUUCUUACAAGACGAGUUUCAUACCCGGUGGAGGUAAGACGGGUAGGGUUCCUGUCGGAAUUAGACGGCGGGGACUGAGGAUCGUGGUCACCGGCGGAGCUGGAUUUGUCGGAAGCCAUCUCGUUGAUAAGCUUAUUGCGAGGGGAGAUGAAGUGAUUGUGAUUGAUAACUUCUUCACGGGGAGGAAGGAGAAUUUGGUUCAUCUGUUCUCGAACCCUAGAUUUGAGCUUAUCCGUCACGAUGUGGUUGAGCCGAUCCUCCUGGAGGUAGAUCAGAUCUACCACUUAGCUUGCCCAGCAUCUCCUGUCCAUUACAAGUACAAUCCAGUGAAGACUAUCAAGACAAAUGUGAUGGGCACUCUUAACAUGUUGGGUCUUGCAAAGAGAGUUGGUGCCAGAUUUCUGCUCACCAGCACGAGUGAAGUCUAUGGAGAUCCACUUGAGCAUCCCCAGAAGGAGACUUAUUGGGGAAAUGUGAAUCCCAUUGGUGAGAGGAGUUGCUAUGAUGAAGGAAAGCGCACUGCUGAAACCCUCGCCAUGGAUUAUCACCGCGGUGCAGACGUUGAGGUCAGAAUUGCUCGUAUCUUCAACACAUAUGGACCACGGAUGUGCCUGGAUGAUGGGCGUGUCGUUAGUAACUUUGUUGCUCAGGCCAUUCGCAAACAGCCCAUGACUGUUUAUGGUGACGGGAAGCAAACUCGAAGCUUCCAAUAUGUUUCCGACUUGGUGGAUGGACUUGUGGCAUUAAUGGAAGGAGAGCAUGUAGGACCUUUCAAUCUGGGCAACCCGGGAGAGUUCACAAUGCUUGAGCUUGCAGAGGUUGUGAAGGAAGUGAUAGAUACGAGUGCAAGGAUAGAGUUCAGACCGAACACAGCGGACGAUCCUCACAAGAGGAAGCCAGACAUCAGCAAAGCGAAGGAGCUUCUGAACUGGGAGCCGAAGAUCUCUUUGCGAGACGGUCUGCCUCUUAUGGUCAACGAUUUCCGCGACAGAAUCUUGAACGGAGACCAAGGCAAAGGUCUGUGAUAACUUUUAAACGCACACAUUCCAUUCUAAUUAUGUUAUGUAUAGUUCUCUCUUCCUCAACUUCAGGAGCUCUGCAAUUCUUUUCUUUUUUUGUAUUAAUUGGGCUGUGAAUUUUGCUAAUGGGGCUAUUGGUCCAUAGUUUUAAUGAGAGAAUGCCAUAUUUUUUUUAA